AUGGGAUCGUUCCGGCGCUCGAGGCCUCGCUUCAUGAGUUCCCCGGUUCUUUCCGACCUGAGCCGCUUCCAAGCCGGCCCGCAAGUGUGCAACAGCGCCCUCUGGAACGGGUCGUCUCACCUCCUCACCAGCGUCCAAUCGGCAGUGAUGAAAGUCUUCAGGGGCGGAGCUCUCCGGCCGAACGAACUCUACGCGCUCAACGAAAACGUCAGGCGACUCCUGAAGAGCGAGAUGGGCUCCUUCGUCAGCGAUUACUUGCAGAAUCGGCUGCUGACGGCCGGCCUCGCCGAGCUUCUGGAGCGCGUCUUGCUCUCGGGUGAGGGAGCCGACUCGGGCGAGCGGUUGGAGGCCGUGGCCCAAGUUUGGUGGCGUUUCUUCACGGAGACGCUCCCCACCCUGCAGGCUAUUUUCUACCCCGUGCAGGGUCGGGAGCUGUCGGUGCGACAGAUGGCGCUGCUGUCCUUCCGAGACUCGGUGCUGCUGAAGCUCCCCCUGGAGGACAGCUUGGCCGGCGCGGGCGUCGUGCCGGCGGCGGUCACUCACAUGCUGCUGGUGCUGCAGGGGGUGCGCGGCUGCGGCGCGGCGUCCGACUGGCGCUACCGUCACCUGGAGCGACUGGCCGCCGCGGUGGUCUCGCCGUAUCUCAGCCACGUCGUCCCCGACGAGCCCUCAGAGUUCUGCGGCGGCGGAGGCUCGCAGCCCGACAUGUGCUCGUCGUUGGCGCCGUUGGUGGAGCACGAGGGCGAGGCCUACCUGGAGAAAGCGGGCGGCCUGCGGCGCCACACGGUGGCCAACGCGCACUCUGACGCGCGCCUGCUGGCCGAAGGACGGGCGGCGGCACGGCCCGGCGGACGCCUCGGCCGUCGGGCAGACUCCGAGGACUCGAGGCGGUAG